GAUAAAAGCAGCAGUCAUAGGGAAGCAGAUUCUAUCGCUGGAAGAUUCCAUUUUCUUCUCAGGUGAAAAAGGCUUGGAUUUUGAAAAAAAAGAAAAAAAAAAAGGAAAAAAAGCCUUUGAUUGUGAGUUGUGAUGCCGUACCGUGUUCGGGAGAAUCUAUUCAUCGGAAACAUCAGUGACGCGGCGGAGAUUCUCCAAAACGGUAGCGCUGAGAUCACGCAUGUUCUCUCAGUCUUAAGCUCUCCAUCUAUCUCCUUUUUCACGGAAUGGCGGAGUGGUCUUACCAUUCCUGCUAAGGAGAUUAAGAAGGUAUAUGUUGGUGGUUCUGAGAAUGAUUUAGGUGAUGGGUCGAAGAGUUCUUUGUCGCCUGAUAAGCUUUUGUACUCGUUGGAGUAUGCUGGCAAGGAUUUGAAGCUGGUGAGGAUGGCUGUGCCCAUCAGAGAUAUGGAGAGUGAGGAUUUGUUAGAUUACUUGGAUGUUUGUUUGGAUUUCAUUGAUCGGAGUAGAAAAGAGGGUUCUGUUUUGGUGCAUUGCUUUGCUGGUGUUUCAAGAAGUGCAGCUAUCAUUACAGCAUAUUUGAUGAGAACUGAACAACUAUCUCAAGAAGAUGCUCUUGAAUCCCUAAAGGAAAGCUGCGAGUUUGUUUGCCCCAAUGAUGGCUUUGUAGAUCAGUUAAAAAUGUUUGAGGAAAUGGGCUUCAAGGUCAAUCAUGCAAGUCCAAUAUACAAGCGCUUUCGUCUGAAAGUAUUGGGUGAUUCUUAUAACCGUGGAGAGAAGAUAGACAGUUCUAAACUUGGGGCUGAUCCUGGCAUGCCUACUGGUGUUUCCUCUGAGAUUUCACCAUCUCCAAAUGGUGAAAAUAGGCGUACAACUGCAUACCGCUGCAAGAAAUGCCGAAGAGUUGUUGCAUUGCAGGAGAAUGUGGUGGAUCACAUUCCAGGGGAGGGUGAGACAUCCUUUGCCUGGAACAAGAGGAGAAGUGGCAAUCCCUUUAACAAGUCUGAUGAGCCUGAGUGUUCAUCCCUUUUUGUUGAACCUUUACGGUGGAUGUCAGCAGUUGAGGAAGGUGCAUUAGAGGGGAAGCUGUUAUGCGCUCACUGUGAAGCUCGCUUGGGUUACUUUAAUUGGUCAGGUAUCCAAUGCAGUUGUGGGAGUUGGAUUACCCCAGCUUUUCAGCUUCAUAAGAGCCGAGUGGACAUCAGCAGUGUCUAGUAUGCCUCAAGGCAAAAGAUGUUGUCAAGCUAUCAUUGAGUACAGAAUGCAUCAGCAUGUGACACGUUAUGAACAAAAGUGAUACCAAGCGAUCAAAGAAUGUUAUAUCCUGGUCAAUCUGCACUCACGCAAUGGAAAAUCUCAAAACUUACAAAAAGCUGAAGUUCUAGAUUUGUAGCUUGAGGUAAAUGUUGUCUUGUAUUUUCGGUUUAUGAUUCGAUGAUACUACUGGAGCAAUUUGCUGAUAUAUCAAUUUUUAUGCUGUCUUCAAAGUUGUGCAAUUUCUUUUUUGAACUAAAAUGUCUUGUAAGAGAGAUUACAAGGUUAAAAUGGAUGGGUGGAAAGGUUUAAGCCCUGACUUCAAUUUA